GAAGAAGAUUGUAUGACGCCGGCGAUUCACUUCCGCUUUCAUUGUAACUGUAGCUACAAAUCAGUUACAAGCUGGUAUUUAUUUGUUCCUCAGAGCAUUUUGUUUGGCGGUGAGCAGCUGAUCAGAAAAUGAUUGACGUUAAAGCCUGGGCAGAGUACGUGGUGGAGUGGGCCGCCAAAGACCCCUACGGCUUCCUCACGACCGUCAUCCUGGCCUUGACCCCACUUUUCAUCGCCAGCGCUCUGCUUUCCUGGAAACUUGCGAAGAUGAUCGAGGUCAGGGAUCGCGAGCAGAAAAAGAAGCAGAAGCGACAGGAGAACAUCGCAAAAGCCAAAAGAGCCAAAAAGGACUGAACUGAAACAGCUAAGGGAUGCAGAGGGAUCAAUGCAUAUGUUCCUGUUUGUAAACAAAAUAAAAACAAGCCCCCACUCUUAGCUGUGCAGAACCCAGAGCAGCUCCUGCAGGGGCUUUGGGUGAAACGGGGCUUCGAGACAGCCUUAUCACUUGCUACGAGAGUGUUGAUUAAUUGAGAUCACUUUUUCAGAACUGCAGUGUUUUGUUUUUGUUUUGUUUUUUUCUGGAAAAUUCACUGCUGUAACAUGAUUGCAGCACUCAGCAUUCCAAUACUUUUUAAUGUUGACCUUUUCCACCACCAAUCCACUAAAGUUUUUAUUAUUAUUAUUGUUAUUAAAAAAAGCUCUUAACAGCCUGAACAGUCAUAACGUUUGUCCAAUCAAUGUGGCUCUGCUUUAGGAAGUGCCAUAGUAUUUUAGUGAUUGUGUGAAAAGUUGACCAUCUGGAAUUUGGGCAUAUUACACACCACCAUUUAUUUAUUAAAUACUGUCUAAAUAAGGUGCAAAUACAUUACAUAUAUGGGGAAAAAUUCAAUGGGACAGUCUUAAAGGAAACCUCCACUCAGAAAAACAUUAAACUCGAGGUUUUUACUGAUUGCUCCUAGAAACAAAAGAGCUUCUUUUCUAACUCAGCAUUUUCUAGCAAUGUUCACUAUUACAUUAAUGAGGAAAAAUACAACGUAGUGGAGACCACAAACAGAGCACUCUGAGUCACAGAAAGCUUUGCAGCUAUACGACAGAUGUGCUGAGUUAUAGCAGAGAUGAGUUAGCGAUCUAUGGGGUGACGCACGAUAACUCAUAAAAGUUGAAGCUGAUCUGUUUGAGCAGAGUGUACAGAUGUGGAGCUGAGAGAGCUGGACAGACUAAAGAACUAAAAAGUGCUGCUGCACUGUUCACUUUAGGUAGAAAUUCCUUCGUGCACCACUAACAGCAUUGUGGGUAAUGUAGCAAACCGUUAACCAAAGUGAAAACAGUCAAAACGAAAUGGUCAAUACAAGAAAUUAAAAAAACAAAAAAAACAUUCAUUACAUCAGGAUUCUAUCAAGGUGCUUGAAGUACUUAAAUUUGGCUUUUUGAAAUUUAAGUACUGGCAACCCUUGAAAAUAGUCAUUUUUGAAAUCUAGUGGUGCUUGAAUUUAUAAAAAGUCAAUAAAUAAAAAAACCACUUAAAUUUAAAGUGUUUAUUUUCAACAGAACACGAAUACAAUCCUUUCACUCAAAACAUGACUCCCCGCUGCAGCCUGACUUCAUGUUAGAAAUCAGGAUUUUGUCAGUGCAGGGCAGCAGCUUGGAAAUGGCUUGGAAGUGACUGCUGGUUAACAUGUCUCUUCAUGAGCCGCAUUUCAAUCCCUAUUUCAUACCCAUUCUGUUGUCUGACAACAGAAACAAUAUGUAAAUGAGAACAGCUUUAUUGGGAAUUAGACUGUAUUGACUAUGUGAGCACAGAGAGUAGGAAAGAAGCAAACAGAUGUAAAGGGCUGACACUAUGCAGAAUGCUACGAUACGAUGAUGUAAUGAAUAUGCUAAUCAGCGCAUGACAUCUAGCGACGUUUGGCAACAAGUAUAUUGAGGUUAUGCUGAAGACGAAGCAAUCCCUUGGAAAUGCAAAUUUAGUCCAGCAUGGCUGGAAAAGGUGCCAUAUAAAAUUAUUUGUGUUUUGUUAUUAUUUUAAAAAAUUAAAAAAAGAAAUAAAGAUUAUGCUUGAAUGACAUUGCAUGUAUAGUCCUUGAAAACAAAAUAAAAUAGUGCUUGAAAAGUC